GUCGAUUUCACUAAUCUUCAAUCAUUUUCUACGAAAUGCAAGUCCCAUCGAUUCCAGUCUGUUAGGGUUUUGGUUGGAGUUCUUUGCAAAUCGCUAAAAGUAACAGUUGAAGAUUGUAGGGGUUUUAUGCAACUUGUGCUGUUUAUUUUUGUUGCUCGAUUUGGUUUCACAAUUUCUUUCCAUACAAACUUUGAGGAGUAUUUUCGUCUUGCAAACAAAUUAGAAUUUUUUUGUUCAAGUCAGUACAAUGCUCAAAAAGAGUUCUUCCAAGCCAACCACACCAAAGCCAGAGGACCUAGUUGUAGAGGAGAGAAAAAUCUCUUCCACCACGAAAAAACCCAGUAACGAGAUUGAUGAGAUAUUUGCUAGGAAGAAGAGGAAGAAACCUGAACGAGAAAAGCCUGACAAACGGAAGGAAAAUGAGGCUGCUAAGCCGGAUAAGUUGAAGGAAAAGAAGAAGAAGAAGAAGGUGAAGAAAGAUUCUGAAGAGUGUGUGUUUGUUGACCCACCUUCACAGCCGAGGAAGAGAACCAAUGAUGGACUCACCGUUUACACCGAAGAGGAGUUGGGGAUUGCGAAUGCAGAUGCUGGAGGUACCCCACUGUGUCCUUUUGAUUGUUCUUGUUGUUUCUGAUCAUACACCACUUACUCUUUUGAGUAAAGUUGCUUCAUUGGAUAUUUUUUGAGCUUAAUGGAGAUUAUGGAUUUUGUAAUCCUCCAUUGUAGUUUUGGUCUUUCAAUAUGAGAAGUGUUGCUUUCUAUUUCUUAGAUGUACAUUAGGAUCAGAGUAUACUAUUUGAUCUUAUUUGAUUAAUACUAGUUUUUAAUUUCAACUAAA